AUGAGUGCAGUGGGCUGGGUCCUCUUGGGGCUCGCUCUGAGCUUUAGGGCCACCACCGCUAAGCCAGAGGAAGGCAGCUUUUGCUCUAGGAGCCAGGUGGCCUUCAGAGAUGCCUGCUAUGAAUUUGUGCCACUCGGGCGCACCUUCCACGGUGCCCAGAGCUGGUGUGAGAGGCAAGGAGGCCACCUGGUCUUCAUCCGUGACGAAGGGACCCAGCGGUUCCUGCAGAAGCACAUCUCCCAGGACAGGGAAUGGUGGAUUGGACUCACGGGGAACUCGGCGCUGAAUGGAACCACAGAAGGCCCGGGGACCUGGCUGGACACCUCGAGCGUGAACUACAGCAACUGGCUUGAGGGGCCGGCCGCCCCUGCCACCUGUGGCUACAUCGCCAGGGGCCCCUCCUCGGCCUGGGCUGCCUCUGGGGACUGCGCACGCCCCUUCGCCUUCGUCUGCGAGUUUGGGCUCGGCCAGCGCCUGGCCUGCCAGGGCCUCAACGCCACCAUGCACUGCGGCUCCGGGCAGGUCAUCCGGGUCCAGGACGCCUUCUACGGGCGCCGGACCCCCCAUUACUGCACCCGGGACGCCGGGCACCCCUCGGACCUCGCGGAGGACUGCAGCUGGGCUGACGUCAAGGACGAGGUGGCAGGCCACUGCCAGGGCCUGCAGGCAUGCCAGGUGGCAGCAGAUGGGACCUACUUUGGAGACCUGUGCCCGACUUGGGGCAGCUACCUGUGGGUGCAGUACCAGUGCCAGGAAGGCCUGCAGCUGGAGGUGACCAACGAGAGUUUCGUCUUUGACAACGUCACCAUCUCCCUGACGUGGCUUCUGUCUCCCUACAUAGGAAACCUGUCCUGUAUAAUCAGUACGGGAGAUGGCCACACUUUUGAUCCCUACUACCCUCCCAGUUUGUCCAGCAACGUGACCCAUCAGUUCACGUCCCCCAGGGAAUUCACCGUGUUUGCUGAGUGCACGACCAGCGAGUGGCAUGUGACAGCUCAGAAGCAAGUGACAGUGCAAGACAAGAUGGAGAGGCUCAGAGUGACCGGGUGCCCCGGCCUGUCCGAGUCGGGAGCCAGCCCCCUCUGCCGGGCCGUCUUUGGGGAUCCUCUGUGGAUUCAGGUGGAGCUCGAUGGAGGAACAGGGGUGACCUACACUGUGCUUUUGGGGAACAUGACCCUGGCUGAGUCCACCACCCAGCGGGGCCCACUGCCAUACAACGUGACCCUGGACAGAGAAGCCCAGGAGCUGAUGGGCCCCGGGAGGCACCGGCUGGAGAUCCGGGCCCUCGGCAACACCCCCACCUCCACGCUCUCCAGAAACAUCACGGUCCACUUCGUGGAGCUGCUGUCAGGGCUGCAGGCCUCCUGGGCUUCAGCCCAUCUGGAGCUUGGACAGGACCUGCUGAUCAAUGUCUCGGUGGCUCAGGGCACCCCGGAGGAAUUGAUCUUUCACGUGGCAGGACUCAAGGCAAACUUCUCCCACCAGGAAGUGAGCUCCAGGGAGCCAUUUGGGAUUUACCGUGUGGCCGUUCCAGUUGAAGGCACCUUCCUGGUCACCGUGCUGGUGAGGAAUGCCUUCUCCAGCUUGAGUUUGGAAAUCGGAAGCAUCACUGUCACAGCCCCUGCCAGUCUCCAAGAACCAUCUGGAAUGAAUGCCGAAGAAAAGAAUAACGAUAAAAGCAACGCGGAGGUGUACGUUAAACCUGGUCCAUACACAGAUCCCUUCACGACAGUCACGCUGGGCUGGCCGGACAAGGACAAGGAUUUGCGCUUCCAGUGGUCCUGUGGGCGCUGCUGGGCUCAGUGGAGCGACUGUGUCGAGAGGCGGCUGUUGCACACAGACCGGAGGGAGCUGGUGCUGCCACCGCCCUGCCUGCCGCCGCCCGGCUCCGCCGUCACCCUGCGCCUGGCCGUCCGGAGAGGCCAGCGGCUGCAGAACAGGGCGGAGCGAUGCCUCUACGUGUCUGCUCCUCUGGAACUCAGGCCUCGAGUCAGCUGUGAGAAGAACUGCGGGCCACUGAACGUCCAUGAAGACAUUCUGCUCAGGGUCACCAUGGGCGAUGACUCCCCGGGGGCCACGUUCAGCUGGUAUUUAGACAGCACCCCGACAGAGAAGGCCGAGCCCCUGCCGGACGCCUGCGGGCUCGGAGGAUUCUGGCCCAGCUCGCUGACCCCGCUGCAGAGCGACGCCUCCGCCUUGCGCCUGCGCAGUUCCCUCCUGCGCACCUGGGGCCAGGUCGUCAGGAUCAGAGCCACAGCACUGACCAGGCAUGCCUACGGGGAGGACACCUACGUGAUCAGCACCCUGCCUCCCCCCAAGGCACCCACCUGCGCCAUCGCCCCGGAGGAGGGCACCGUUCUGACAAGCUUCUCCAUCCUCUGCAACGCCUCCACCGCCCCGGGCGGCCUGCAGUACUGCUUCUGCCUGGAGUCAGGUUCCUGCCUACACUGUGGCCCUGAACCUGUCCUCCCAUCAGUUUAUCUGCCACUUGGAAAAGAAAACAAUGACUUUGUGCUGACAGUGGUCAUUUCUGUCACCAAUCACGCGGGGGACAGACAGCAGACCCAUGCAGCAGUUAAGGUGAGACUCGGAGACGCACGUGUUGCGGACGGGGCAUUCCAGGCUGCCGUGUCAGAGAAUAUCGCCACCACUCUGCAAGGCGAGCGUGGCCCCGAGCGGCUCCUCCAGCUGGCCAAGUCCGUGUCCUCUGUGUUGAACCAGGAGCGCCAGGGCCAGGGCUCGGGGCCCCAGCUGGGAGUGGACGUCAGGCGGAAGGUCAGAGAGCGUGUGCUGGGGUCGCUGUCUGCGGUCACCGCCAGCCUGGAGGACAUGCAGCGGGUGCAGGGGCUGGCCGAGGCGCUGAGGGAGGUGACCUGCCACAGUGAGGAGCUCAGCCCCUUGGCCCAGCGGGAGGCUAGCCGGGCUCUGCAGCGUGUCAGCGAGGCCCUGGUGACAGCGAGUGCCAAGGCCCGCCCUGAGGACCAGAGGCGCCAGGCAGCCACCAGGGACCUGUUCCAGGCUGUGGGCAGCGUGCUGGAAGCUUCCCUGAGCAGCAGACCGGAGGAGCCUGCGGAGGCCAAAGGCAGCCAGACUGCCACCGUGCCCCGGCUGCUGGGAGCCAUGGAGCAUGUGCAGACCGCCCUCCUGCUGGGCAAGCUGCCCGGGGGCCCGCCAGCCACCCUGGCCACCCCCUCCGUCGCCGUGUACACAGACAGAGUACAGCCGUGGAGCUGGCGAGGCUCCUCUGUGCAUGGCGCCGACGCUAACUCUGCGACCUUCACCCUGCCCACCGCCGCCUCCCUGGGCUAUCUGGAGGACGGCCAGGAGCCUGUGGACAUAAGGAUGAUGAGUUUCCCAAAGAGUCCAUUCCAGGCCCAAAGUCACUUUGACGUCAGUGGAACCAUUGGUGGCUUCCGUCUGACCAGCCCUAGUGGACGGCUCAUACCUGUGAAGAAUCUGUCGGAGAGUAUCGAGAUCCUGCUGCCCCGGCCUUCGGAGGGACACCGCGAGCCGACCGUGCUGCACCUGACCAGGCCGGAGGCUUUGCGGGUGAAUGUGACCUCGGGGGAGGCGGCUUUGGGGAUCCAGCUGCACUGGGGACCCGGCGUCCCACUCACACUCAGCCUGGGCUACGGCUACCACCCCAACGCCACCAGCUACGACGCCCAGACGCGCCUCCUGCCGGCAGCGGCUCCGGAUGAGCCGCCCACGUGGAUCCUGGGCCCGCAGGACCUGCACUUUGGAGAAGGCAUCUACUACUUGACGGUGGUCCCCGAGUCCGGCCUGGAGCCAGCCCCCGGCAGGGACCUCACGGUUGGCAUCACCACCUUCCUGUCCCACUGUGUGUUCUGGGAUGAGGUCCAGGAGACUUGGGACAACGCAGGCUGCCAGGUGGGGCCGCGGAGCAGCCCCUCCCAGGCGCACUGCCUCUGCGACCACCUCACCUUCUUCGGAAGCACCUUCCUGGUGCUGCCCAAUGCCAUCGACGUCCGCCAGGCCGCUGAGCUCUUCGCCACCUUCGAGGACAACCCUGUGGUGGUGAGCACCGUGGGCUGCCUCUGCGUGGUCUACGUGCUGGUGGUGAUCUGGGCGAGGCGGAAGGACGCCCAGGAUCAGGCCAAGGUGAAGGUCACGGUGCUGGAGGACAACGAUCCCUUUGCCCAGUACCACUACCUGGUGACAGUCUACACUGGACACCGGCGAGGGGCAGCCACAUCCUCGAAGGUGACUGUCACCCUGUAUGGCCUGGACGGAGAGAGUGAGCCCCACCACUUGUCUGACCCUGACACACCGGUUUUUGAGCGAGGAGGAGUGGACGCCUUCCUACUGUCCACCCUGUUCCCGCUGGGGGAACUGCAGAGCCUCAGGCUGUGGCAUGACAACUCAGGGGAGCGGCCAUCCUGGUAUGUGAGCCGGGUACUGGUCCAUGACCUGGCAAUGGACCAGAAGUGGUAUUUCCUCUGCAAUUCGUGGCUGUCCAUUGAUGUUGGAGACUGUGUCCUCGACAAAGUAUUUCCAGUGGCCACAGAGCAGGACAGGAAACAAUUCAGCCACCUGUUUUUCAUGAAGACGUCCGCGGGCUUCCGGGAGGGACACAUCUGGUACUCGGUCUUCAGCAGCUCGGCCCGGAGCAACUUCACCCGCGUGCAGAGGGCGUCCUGCUGCCUGUCGCUGCUGCUCUGCACCAUGCUCACCAGCAUCAUGUUCUGGGGCGUCCCCCAGCACCCGGCUGAGCAAAAGAUGGACUUGGGUAAAGUUGAAUUCACGUGGCAGGAGGUGAUGAUUGGCCUAGAGAGCUCCAUCCUCAUGUUCCCCAUCAACCUCCUCAUCGUUCAGAUCUUCCGAAACGCCCGGCCUCGGGCCGUGAAGGAGCGGGACUCUGGGAAAGGGGACAGGGGGUCCCCCAGCGUGACCCCCUCACCGCAGCCCAUAGAGGAUGGCCUCCUGACACCUGAAGCGGUGACCAAGGACGUAUGGAGACUUGUCAACUCCCUGUUCAAAGCCCUGAAGGUGCCGCCCCCUGCCUCGGGCUGGGACCCGGUGGACCUGAUGGACAUCAACUACCUCCUGGCCUUGGUGGAAGACAUUGUUUGUCCACAGAGCACAGCAGGGCAGGUGUUCUGGGAGGGGCCCAUGGACAGAGAGGACCCUGUGACAUUCACCGUUGGGGCCUUCCGAGCGAACGAGAAAAUGCAGUGCCCCGAGCCCAACGUGACCCCCAGUGGCCUUUGGAAGGACAGCGUCUACAGGCAGUGCCUCUAUCUUCAGCUGGAGCGCAUGGAGCAAGAGCUGCGGCUGGUGGGACCCCGAGGGUUCCCGCAGCACCACAGCCACGCCCGGGCCCUCAGGCAGCUGCAGGCCCUGAAGGGCUGCCUCGGGGGACAGCUGGGCACCCUGGCCCCAGUGCACACCAGUGUCCCGCGGGUGAGCAGGCCCCCUGGCGGCCUGCCCUGGUGGUGCGUCCUGGUGGGCUGGCUCCUGGUGGCGGCCACCAGUGGCGUGGCGGCCUUCUUCACCAUGCUCUAUGGCCUGCACUACGGGCGGGCCAGCUCCCGCAGGUGGCUCCUCUCCAUGGCCGUCUCCUUCGUGGAGAGCGUGUUCGUCACCCAGCCCCUAAAGGUGCUGGGAUUCGCUGCUUUCUUUGCACUGGUCUUCAAGAAAGUGGACGAUGAGGAGGAGACUGCGGCCCCCCUGCCAGGAUGUCUGUCCGGCCCAGACCCCUACGCCGUGUUCCGCGCACGAAGAAACAGCAGCAGGGACGUCUACCGGCCCCCGCUGCCCGCCGCCAUGGAGAAGAUGAAAACCACCCGCCUCAAGGAGCAGAAGGCGUUUGCCCUGGUCAGAGAGAUCCUGGCGUACCUGGGCUUCCUGUGGAUGCUGCUGCUGGUGGCCUACGGGCAGAGGGACCCCAGCACCUACCACUUCCACCGGCACCUCGAGCGCAGCUUCACCACAGGCUUCUCCGCCGUGCUGAGCUUCAGAGAGUUCUUUGAAUGGGCCAACACCACCCUCGUGAGCAACCUGUACAGUCCUCUCCCAGGCUUUGUCACCGACGGGAACUCCAAGCUGGUUGGCGGCGCCCAGAUUCGCCAAGUGAGGGUCCGGCAAAGCUCUUGCCCUCUUGCCCGGCAGCUGCAGGCUUCUCUUGACGGAUGCCGUGCGCCAUAUUCCCUGGAUGUCGAAGACCUGGCAGACUACGGGGAAGGCUGGAAUGCCUCCGCCCUCAAUAGCAGCGAUGGCUUUCCCCAGGCUUGGCAAUACCAGAGCCAGAGCCAACGUCGAGGGUAUCCCAUGUGGGGCAAACUCACUGUGUACCGGGGAGGAGGCUACGUGGUCCCCUUGGGGACCGAUCGCCAAAGUGCAUUAAGAGUCCUCCGGUAUCUCUUUGACAACACCUGGCUGGACACGCUGACCAGAGCCGUGUUCGUGGAGUUCACCGUCUACAAUGCCAACGUCAACCUGUUCUGCAUCGUCACGCUGAUGUUGGAGACAAGUGCGCUGGGUACCUUCUUUGCACACUCGGCCCUGCAGACGCUCCGCCUGUACCCCUUCACCAAUGGCUGGCACCCCUUCGUGGUGGCAGCAGAGCUUAUCUACUUCCUCUUCCUCCUCUACUACAUGGUGGUGCAGGGCAAGCUCAUGAGGAGGCAGAAGUGGGGCUACUUCCGCAGCAAAUGGAACCUUCUGGAACUGGCCAUCAUCUUGGCCAGUUGGAGCGCCCUGGCGGUGUUUGUGAAGAGGGCCAUCCUGGCGGAGCGCGACAUCCAGCGCUGCCGGACCCACCGGGAGGAGGGAGUCAGUUUCAGCGAGACAGCAGCAGCGGACGCUGCCCUUGGCUACAUCAUUGCCUUCCUGGUGCUCCUGUCCACGGUGAAGCUCUGGCAUCUGCUCAGGCUGAAUCCCAAAAUGAACAUGAUCACAGCAGCCCUACGCCGUGCCUGGGGUGACAUUUCAGGCUUUGUUGUUGUCAUCCUCACCAUGCUCCUGGCAUACUCCAUUGCAUCAAACUUAAUAUUUGGUUGGAAACUCCGCUCCUACAAAACCCUCUUCGAUGCGGCCGAAACGCUGAUCAGCCUUCAGCUAGGAAUCUUCAACUACGAGGAGGUCCUGGACUACAGCCCCGUGCUCGGCUCCUUCCUCAUUGGGUCCUGCAUUGUUUUCAUGACUUUUGUCGUGCUGAAUCUCUUUAUCUCUGUCAUCCUGGUGGCCUUCAGCGAAGAACAAAAAUGCCAUCAGCUGUCGGAAGACGGAGAGAUUGCAGACUUGCUGCUGAUGAAAAUACUCAGUUUCCUGGGCAUUAAAUAUAAAAGAGAAGAGCCUCAAAGCAGCAGUGAGCAGCCCGAGUCGCUGUCCCAGGCUCGGCCCCCUCAACCCCCACGAGCUUUGCCCAAGGUCUAAGCUGUCCGUACACCACCACCACCUCCGGGUGGGGAAGGCCACAGCCUCCUGCCUACGCUCACCAGUGAUUCUAUAGUCUCUCCAGGUCGCAUGUCUUGUGUCUGCAUUAGAGUUACCAAGCCCAGCAAGUAAAACAAUGAGAAUAACACAGACAUACUUAGAAUCGCCACUACCGUGAGAGUCUGUUUGUUCAAAUGUCUCUCCUCCUAGAAAUAAAACAAAUACUGUACAGAACUUGGGAAAAAAAAAAUCUCUACAGACUUAAUUAUUUCAUCUUUUUUGUUGGUCAGGAGUUGCUUUUAAAUUAUUCUAAUCCAAGGCUUCUCGAAUUGCAUCUGACAGAUGCUAAUGGGUGGUAUGUUAGCUUCCCUGGAACAAAGUAUCAAGAACUGGGUGGCUUAAAACAAGAGAAGUUUAUUCUGUCCCAGUUCUGGAGCCUGGAAGUCUGAAAUCACCAUGUUGGCAGGGCCAGGUGCCCUCCGAGGACUCUAGGGAGGGUUCCUUCUUGCCUCUUUCAGCUCUGGGCGACCGCCAGCAAGCCUCGGUGUUCCUCGGCUAGCAGACACGUCACUCUCAUCUUGCCGCGUGUCUUUCUCCUCCCUGUCUCUUCUCUUCUUACGAGGACACCAGUCCUGCUGGACUAGGGCCCAGCCUACUCCAGUAUGGCCUCAUCUUAACUGGUUACAUCUGCAAGAACUCUAUUUCCCAAAUAUAGUCAUAUUCUAAAGCACUAGGGCUUAGGACUUUGACAUAUCUCUUUCUGGGACACAAUUCAAUCCCCUAAACAUGUCAUCCUCCCAAAAAAAGUUUCUGAAUCAAAUAAAGGUAGGGAAUAUCAGGUUAUAAAGGUUGCUUACACAGGUUCCUUAGCAUGAAAUUGUCAGAGGUUUUAAUAUGCUCAGUGUGUGGGGUGUACUAUAGUCUCCCCCGAGCAUGAGAGAUGAAGCGAGUAAUGAUUCCCAAACUCCUCUGACCAAGGUAUCUGGUACUGAAGCACCCUGCUCAGGGCUAGGGUUCCUUAGAUGAUACUUUGGGAACUGUCAAUCUCCACCAGUGGUUUUCAACCUUGGAGUCACCAGACUUCAUCCCAAUACAUCAGAAUCUCUGGGCUUGAGCCCCAGGUGUUGUUUAAGUGCCUCAGGUGAUUCCAGGUGCAGUCAGACUUGAUAGCCAUGGUCUAAAUUCAGAGAGCCACAAGUCUAGACAAUAAAUGGCUUCCAAGUGUCAGUGCAGAUGAGUGUACAGGGGAAAGGUUCCAGCAUCUUUUCCAGCUCACCCUGUCUUGUCCCUCCUCCUCAUAUGCCCAUUGUAGCAGAUACUAUAGGUUCCCGGCCCCUAAUCCAUUCUAUGCUAUUCUCUUUGCUAUGAGAAACCCAACCUUGUUCAGGUAGCCACCUGCCCCUCCCCCACACGACCCAGGAAGGCCAUCACAAGGUAAAUCCUGUUGUGUCUUAGUAAUGGUAAUCCAUUUCCAUUAUAUAAAAUCAUUUGUUUUGGCCAAGCGUGGUGGCUCACGCCUGUAAUCCUAGCACUCUGGGAGGCCGA